CACACACAGAGAGAGAGAGAGAGAGAGAGAGAGAGAGAGCGAGAGAGCAGCGACGUGCAGGAGGACCGUCUCUCUCCACACACACCUUCCCCCCCGACGCCCUCACUUCCGGAGCGGAUCCCCUCUGGAGGCAGCCGGGUCGGGACGGAGCGAGCCUGAGAUGAGGAGCGCAGGACGACGACGACGACCGACGUGUGUCCGCUGGUGACACGGCGAUGCUCGCUGCGCCGCGGUAGACGACAACCGGAGCCGGACCGAUCACACACACACACACACACACACACACACACACCGUCCGUCUGCUGUCAACUGUUGCUCAUCCCCCCUGUAAAUGAAUCUUGUAAGGUUUAUGAACAACCGUGUUCCUCCUAACAAGAGAUACCAGCCCACAGAAUAUGAGCAUGCUGCCAACUGUGCGACGCAUGCGUUAUGGAUAAUCCCCAGCCUGCUGGGCAGCUCCUUGUUGCACUUCCACUCGGAGGACCAAUGGGAGCGGCUGUCGGCCUGGGUGUACGGGGCGGGGCUCAGCUCGCUCUUCAUCACCUCCACCCUGUUCCACACCGUGGCCUGGAAGAAGAGCCACUUACGGUCCGUGGAGCACUGUUUCCACAUGUGUGACAGGAUGGUGAUCUACUUCUUCAUCGCCGCCUCCUACGCCCCUUGGCUGAACCUGCGGGAGCUGGGUCCCUGGGCGAGCCACAUGCGCUGGUUGGUGUGGGUCAUGGCGUCUUUUGGUACCACCUAUGUCUUCUUCUUCCAUGAGAGGUACAAGAUCAUGGAGUUGAUCUGCUACACAGUGAUGGGCGUCUUUCCAGCCCUGGUCAUCCUCUCGAUGCCGGAGCAGGCGGGACUGUGCGAGCUCCUGGUGGGCGGAGCCUGCUACUGCCUGGGGAUGGUCUUCUUCAAAAGUGACGGCAUCGUCCCGUUCGCUCACGCCAUUUGGCACCUGUUUGUCGCCAUGGGAGCGGCCGUCCACUACUACGCCAUCUGGAAGUACCUCUACGCCCUGCCGCCCAAUCAGGUCCAGACCUCCAGAUGACAUCAGCGCUGACCUCGCAGGGAGCGGCCUCCUGUGUUUGAGCGGCGCUCAACGACCAGGCGACGGGAGCUGUGUUCAGGUUCAGGGGUUGCCUCGUUUUGGAGGGGCGAGUUGGGCGACCGCGUACUUCCUUCCGCGAUUAACCCAGGUCCAACCUCACACAGACCAAAAGUAAAUGUUGCGUUCAAGUGGUCCUCGUCGACUUGCAAAGAGUCAAAUAUAUUCAUAUUUUAUUACCAGGAGAUCAGUGAGAACCAGUUGGUUACACUUGCUGGCAUGUUUGACGAUACCUCAAUUCUGCUUUAACACGAAACAUAAUGAUUAAUGAUACGGGAUAUUUAUCCGCAUAUCAGUAACAGUCAGUUUACAGUCUGCUAACAAGGAUGGACAGUGUGAUUUAUGCCUGGCAUCCAUUAUUUCAUUGACAUGGCUUUGGUUUCAGGCAGCCAAUCUGUGGUGCCGGUAAAGCAAUGACAAGAUUAAAUAUUAGAAAUGAUGUAUUCUUUGUUUUACUCUUAAAAAUUCCACCUAAAAUUCACCGCAAAAAUCUGCCGCUGCCUUCUCUUUAAAUGAUAUUGUUCCGUGCAUCUUUUUUUUUUUUUUUAGAUGAAUCUUAGCUGCGAUUCAAAUUAAAUUUUAUUUUGAAUCUUUAUUAUUAUUUUUUUUUUCAUGGUGCCACCCCAACAACUUCCAUCGAUCAAGGUUUUAGUACAACUCAAACUUGAGCCUCCGAGACAAAGCCCAGGGCCAAAAUGUUCCGGGGAAAACUUCCUGUUCCUCGGAAAGAUUACUGCCAUAACUGCACAAUAGCAACUGAAGUUGACCCAGGUGAGCUUCACCAGCCUUUCACCAGCCAGGGGCGUUUGGAUUACGGCCCCCUGAGUAAAUCAUCCCUCGGUGGAAAUUAAGACACUGGCUUUAUUCCCACAGGCUGAUGACCGCCUGAAUCAAAUACCUCAUACGCAUGAUGUUUGACUCAACGAGGCGGCGAGGGUAUUUGAACGCACCAUCGAGCGACGGACCGGCAUUGCAAUAGAUUGUAGGACGCUGAGAGUCACAGAGCGAACGCACACCGCGUGGUGCAUCCCACGGCCGGACGCUGCCCCGUCGGCCCGGACUCUCACGGGAGGCAGCCCUGUGACCUCUGACGAAGCUUUUUGUUUUCCUUAUUUAAUUUUGACCACGUCGUUCAAUCGUUCACUUGCGAUUUUUCGAUUUUCCAGAUCUCAGUUUCAUUCCAAUGAUCAGGGGUUAUAUUACUACUCUUCGCGGUGCAUGUCCAGAUUCAGUGCUCCGUUCGCUGAAUCGAGGGCCAUUGUCUUAUUGUCAAGAGGAACACAAGUGUUUACAGUUAACUUGACUUGACUAUCUUCAGUAGUUUUAAGGACAUUAUUUAUUGUAUUAUUAUCAUCAUCGUCACCGGUAACAGAAGGUUUGAUUAUAUCAGGAAUGUACUAUUCCAGUUCAGAGCUCUAGAUUGUAUUAUCACUGUUAUUGUUAUCAAUUGUGCUAUCGACUCUCCGGUGCACUAUGUGGUUUCGACAGCAGUUUGCUUCGGUUCGGUGAUUUACUGUGAUUAUUUCACAAAUCAAGCAUGGCAGUAAGUACAGUAAGUGGGAUGCUAUGUUUUUUUUCUUUCUGCCGACUGAUAUUCAUGGUUUCAGUCUCGAAAAAAAAGACUUUACCUGUUCGCUUCCACCUUUGCCAAGCUCUGUUUAGUAGAUGAUGGAGAACACUUGCUGAAUUCGAAUAGUUUACUGUCGUUCAUUAGGGUUUUGGCGAGCGAAGGUGUCAUCGGGACGGUUUAUACGGUAUAUCUCCAUCAACGAGGCGCAGUAAAAUGUGGACUUCAUCUAUGUUUUCAUCCCGCUGUCCUUGUGGUGUCAGCCGAUUGAUUAUCUUCAUCGUCUCCGUCUUAGAUGAAUGGGACCCCAUCUGUCAAAGCUACACGGUUAAACCUCAGAGUGGGGAAAACCACUGCCAGAAGACUCACCUACUGCCGCAACCGAUAGCACACGACUUCCACAUAUGUCUCACACUUGAAGGGAAACUGAAGCUAUAGUAUUGUUGAACAAUCUGGCCCAAUAUUAAGGCAUCUCAGGUGUGUGUGUGUGUGUGCGCGCGUGUGUGUGCGCGCGUGUUUGUAUGUAUCCGAUCUGACUCCCAUGAAUCCAAAGCCUAUGAUCGGCUGAGUCUAUGUUUACACGUGAACGCAUGUACCUUGAACACAUAUAUAAAAAUACAUUUGAAUAUCUAUGUAUUCUCUUAGUGUUAAAACUGUAUGUGGUGGCACAUGGUAUAUUGGACAAGCUUGUGUUGUAUGAUACGUGUGGCUAAAGGACCAAAAGGUCAAACCGUCUAAGUAUUUAUAGGUGUAAAAAUAACACUUUAUUUUUUUUUUUAACAUAGUUUCCACGACUGUCUGUCUGUCUCUCAGGAUUUGGAUCAUUUGGGCUUAAGAGCCCGUGAAGCCACAUUUCAAGAACCACUAAAGCUGCUGUGGGUGUUUGGGAGCUGUCUGCCGCAGUGAGAAUGAUCAAAUAGCUGUUAAACUGCUUUUCUUUAAUGCCGGCCUCGCUCCGUACAGCUUCACUUUGCCUACUCACAUCCGCAAAUAGGGCAGCAGCCCCCCCAAAAGUCUUUUUUCUGCAAGCUCUGCAUAAGGUAAUAUUCAUGGAGUAACCAAACAGGAGGAGGCUACGGAAGAGUAUUAGGGCCAGGCGUAAGAAAAAAAAUGAGGGGGAAGAUUUUUUGAUUAUUUUUAACAUUUCGAGAAUAAAGUCGAAAUGUGGGGAAUAAUGUUGAAAAACUAAAUCGAGGAUAAAGUCAAAAUGUCGAGGAUAAAGUUAAAAUACUAAAUCGAUGAUAAAGUCGAAAUGUCGAGAAUAAAGUUAAAAUACUAAAUCGAGGAUAUAUCGACAUUUCGACUUUAAUCUCGACAUUUUGACUUUAUUCUCAUGUGAGAAUUUGUUUCUUCUUCUGCGUGGUUAACAAAAGAGCAGCCGCGCAUAAGGAAGCUUCUGAACUGCCACUGAAAAAAGGUCUUGGGGGGGGGGUUUCAAGGAAAACUUGAGUUUCAAAAAUUGGAUGUUCAUUCCCCCCAACAACUCACAUUUACAACUUACCAACCAGCACAUGAAUGUGGCGCUACAUUAUUACCAUAUAGGGUCCAAAAAGAAAAGUCCUGUAAGGACAUCAUCUAAAUUCCAUUUAUUAUAUUUGAGAUAUGUAACACCAGAGUUCAAAUAACCUGAAGGUAACACACGAGUCUUUGUUAUGGUUAUUAUUGGAUGCAGUUGUAGUUUUCUGAGCGGUCACUUAUCACCAGAACAAAGUGGCUUGUGUCACAGCUGACUGGGAAUUACAUUUGUCGGCCGGUGGACCGCUCACUUUUGGAAUGAAAACUCUUCUGGUGCAUUCUGAAAUGUCAUAUAUAUCUCGGAGUGUACACUCAGAGUUCACCUGAGCCUCUGGGACAAACAGAAGAGAUUGAGUUUGCUAUUGGCAGGACUCGGAAUUCAAGACUUGUCCCACAGACGUGUUUGGCCCCUCCGAGAUGAAGUGUCUGAGGAUGUGACGUGUGUGUCUGUCUCGUCCUGGUUGAAGUGUGUGUCUCAGUAAGACAUGCGGUGCCCGCCUGACUUUGUAUAGAGCUCUGUGUUGUUUUGUUUUUUUAAUAAACUCUCCAUGAAGCCUUCGUGGACCCCCCCUGUACAUAGUCCAUAGACGCUCUGUGAUUGUGGCUCUGUUCUCAGUGCUGCUGGUGUUUUAUUUUAUGGUCCUAAUAUACACGACUCACUAUACUCUCCCAUAUUCUCUGUCUGUCUCCUUUCCCCUCGUUCCUUCCCAUCGGUGAUUGUGUCUGUGGUGCUUUUGUGCUGUGAUAAGCCCAUAUGACGCCAACAAUGCUUUUAUCUUUUCUAUUUCUCUUGUAAUAAAAAAAAAUACAACUUUUUUCAUGCAAUACAA